GCAACAUUUACCAACAUCGAGAGAUCUACCAUUUAACAAACAUCAAUGGGCUUGCAAAAUUCACGUCCAAAGCUCUACCCUGGAGAUGUUCUUGAAUUUCCUCGAAACAAAUACUUUUCCCACUUUGGAAUCUACUAUGGAGAAAGAGAUGGCGUUCCAUAUGUGGCACAUUUGACAUGCAGGGAUUCUGAUACAAAGCUCCUCAUCUUUGGCCGGGCUUUGAACUCUUCUGUAAAACUGGAACCACUUGAUGUAGUUGGAAAGAAAUACAAAGUGAAUAAUUAUCUGGAUGACAAGCUCCCACCUCGAGACUUCUACUCCCACAUCAAACCAGAGAUUGAGGAUGCCAUGACAAAAACCAUCACUUUUGACAUUCUGUUUCAUAACAGCGAACACCAGGCGACACUGCUACGCUACGGGGUCAAAAAGUCAGAGCAAAUUGAAAAGGUCUAUGCAAAGAUAGUGCCAACCUGGCGAAAGCCAUUUGAGAAGAAAAAGUUUUGAGCCAACAUC